AUGUUCAAAGGAAAAUUUACCGGUGUUUCUAAUCGAUCAUCAUCAUCUCGUCGUUCAACAUCAAAUUCUUCUUCAGCUAAAACAACAUCUGCUGCAACAUCAUCUGAUAAAUCAUCUGCCGAAUAUCAACGUGCGAAAUGGGAAUCAUUAGAAACAAACAUCAAUCUUCUUAAUAUCGUUCGUGGUUGUGGUCUUUUUGCUCGUAGUGUAAUACAAGCACAAUCAACAUCACCUGCUCUUACAUCGGUCUAUGCUGCAUUAGUAUCAAUUAUUAAUCCAUGGAUUGAAGUAAUUGGUGAAUUAAUCGUGAAACGAAUAAUAUCAUCAUUUCGUCGACAAUAUGAAAGUAAUGAUAAAGCCAAAUGCUCGUCAACAACAAAAUUUAUUGCACAUUUGGUUAAUCAAAAUGUGUUACAUGAGUUAAUUGCAUUACAGAUAUUAGUUCUCUUACUCGAAAAUCCAUCUGACGAUAAUGUUGAAUUGGCGAUUGGAUUCGUAAAAGAAUGUGGACAAAAAUUAUGUCAAGUUAAUCAACGUGGAUUAAAUUCCAUAUUUUCAACAUUAAAAAAUUUACUUAAUAAAUCAUUAAACAAAUUGCAUGAAAAUAAUCAAUAUACACAUAUGAUUACUUUAGAUGCAUGUGAACCUGAACCAAUACUUGAUGUAUUUAAAUAUGAUGAAAAAUAUGAAGAACAUGAAGAACAAUAUAAUAUUAUUCGAGAAAUGUUUUUUCAUAAAAGUAGUGAUGAUGAAAAUAAAUUCAAUUCAUCUGUUAGUAAUGAUGAAGGUGAUGGAAAAAAAGAUAAUAUUGAUGAAGAGGAAAAAAAACAACAAACAAUUAUUGAUGAAACAGAAACAAAUUUAGUAAUAUUUCGUCGAACAAUAUAUCCAAUAAUUCAGUCAAAUAUUAAUGCUGAAGAAUGUGCAAAUGAAUUACUUAAAAUGAAUUUACGUCCUGAACAAAAAAUGGUAUUAUGUCAAGUGAUUCUUAAUAGUUGUGCUCAACAACGAACACAUGAACAGUUUUUUGAUUUACUUGGUCAACGAAUUUAUCAAUAUGAAAUUGUUCAUAGUCUUGAAAAUGUUAAAUUAAGAAAUGUUGCCAAAUUUUUUGCACAUUUACUUGUUACUAAUUCUAUUUCAUGGGAUGUACUUCGUUGUAUUCGUUUAACUAAAGAAGAUACAACAUCAUCAUCACGUAUUUUUAUUAAAAAUGUACUUUUAGAAGUAAUUGAAUUUCUUGGUUAA